CUUUCAGAUGAUUCACUUGGAAAUUCGAAGAAAAAAUCCAGCGUUCUUGAGACAUUGGGACAGCCCAGGAAAAAAGAAACGAAGAAAAAGAAUUCAGUGCCAUGGUGGAUAUCUGAGGAAGAUUCAGACGAUGGUGGAAAACAUUCUGAAGGUGAGCCUACCCAGUUUUGCUGGUAUGGAAUACAUUUACUUGGAAAAGAAGCUAACCUGUUCAUAUUCAUAUUCUAGAUGAAGGGGCUGGAUUUUUUGGAGGAAGUUGAAAGUAAUCUGUGUGUAAUGCUUUUUGAAUCAAAGCAAAGGUCCAAUGUGUCUUGGCAGUUGGACAUAAUAAAACUCAGAAUACGAACGUGGGGCAGAUAUGCUACAUCUGUGUGCUGAAUUCUUCCCCAUGCACCAUUUUUGCCAGUCAGAUUGUUAGGAUCUGUACCUCUGUUACCAGUUUCUGCAUAGAAUUCUGUGCUUGUGUGACAUACACAGUAAGCCAUAUCCCACCACCCAUAUGCCACCUAGGAACAAGUAUUGCCAAGCAGAGGGGCCUUAAAAUUUUACCAGAGGGCUUUCCAGGCUCUGUCUUGGCAAGAAGAGGACAGCUGGGUGGUGUGAAGCAGAGCUCCUGGUUGUAUCAUCCCAUCAGGAAAGGGCUGUAUUUGUCACACCGGACACUUGGAAACGGUAGCAGCUGUAUUAACGUUUACUGUGAUAGAUGAGGAGCUGCCUAGCACAGAAGCAAUCUGUGUUAUGAUGAAUGCCAUUCUGCUAACUAGUUGUAGGGCAAUUAACUUCCAGUCAGAAAACAGUCAUUGGCAGAGGCCAGCUUGGCCACCUUCAGUAUAAACUUGAGUUUUCCUCUGCGGUUGUGAAAGUACAUAACUUUUAUGUGGCUAUAACUGAGAAUGAUGAAUCCCACGCAUAAAGGGUACACCCUACAAACUAUGCUAUGAUUUUGGUUCAUGUAGAUACACUUGCAAUAUUUUAAAAUGACAGGUCAGGUGACCUUAAGGAGCUUGGUAUGGAUAGGCUUCUAGAACUGCUCGUUUUUUCCUCUCUGUGUGUCUGUUUGUAUUUGACAUAGUACUUGGAAGCAUGCAAGACAAUCUAAUGUUUUCCAAGAGAUGUAUGUUGUGUAGUACGUUGUUCAGAUGUAUUAAUAGUGGAUAAAGGCACAGAAGCAUUGCAAUAUUAGUUACUGCACAGGGUGACUAAGAAGAUUAUUUAGAUUUGUAGCUUUGUAAUGUUAUUAAGUGUGCCCUAAAUAGUAAAAUAAUUGUCCUGCAGGAAAAAAAUAAUAUUGCUGUGAUGAUAAUAAAGAAAUCAGCUGAAUUUAAUUUCUGAGAAGUGUAAUGCUGACAUGCUUUGUAAUUUUAUGGAGAUCCUUGUAUAUUCUUCUAGGCUUGAACCUUCAUGUUGGUUGGAGUUAGGACUUCAUUAACAGGCUGUCAGCUAAUAAAAUUAUUAUUUUUGAAGUGUUUUGUCAUCAUGGACCAAAUUUAUGUAAAUGUGUAAGUCUUACCUCCACCCACAGUGAAGCACUGCGUUACAAAUUUGUGUUCCGUAUAUAUGAAUUGAUGUGUUUGGCACUGUAUAGAGAUAUUGUUAUAUUAACAAAGUAUGAAGUCUGGGUAAUCAGCUUGAGUAAUACACCAAGCUGAUAAAUUGUUUCUGAUUUGAGGUUUUCAUUUUUAGUUACUUCAUUAUCUAUCUAUACCAUGCUUUCUCGGAAAGGCACAAAGAGAGAUGACUGGAAGACUAAAUACACGCUAUGCAUUUUUUUGUUGUUGUUGUCUGAUUGUUUUUUCCAAGGCAUCUUGUUACAGAAGUGCCAGGAAAUAGAGAUUUAAACCAAUAUCCGAUUUUCACUUGGUUUUGUAGAUUAAUGGUAAGCAGCAUAGACUAUUUCUGUUUGUUGGGCUGAGAAGUAUAAAGUAUAUUUUAAAAUAUCUCAGCUUGUUAUUCUAGGCACGUUGGAACUCCUUGUGCUUCAGCUUUAAACUGAAAUGUGCAAAUAUGAUUCAAGAUACUGUCUUCCAUAUUUGACAGAUUUUCAAACAAGAUUUGUUAAACUGGGAAAAGAGAAGACACUGAUGGAAAGCCAUGCUGAAAUAGUGGAAAAUAGUGAACAAAAGAGUCCCUAUUCAGAUUCACAGUCUGUAGUUCCCCCUAAACCUUCUUCCAGUGCAUCUUGCAGCAAGGCUUUAUCUAAAUUCAAAAUGCUGGAAAAAUUUCAUAAGGACAAGAAAGAUUCAUAUUUAAACAAAGAAGAAGGAAGCCUCACUUCUGACAGUCCAGGCAGUUCUGAGGGAAUGUUUGGAGCCAAUGGAAGCUUUGUCAAGAUACGGAACACUUCACAGCCUAUGGGAGAAAGUAAUGAGAAUAUGCAUGUGGAAAAGAUGCAGCUUCAGGAGAGUAACGGGGUUGCUGUAUCCUUAAGUAGAGACAGCCUGGAGACAAAUGAUUCAGUUUUAGCUUCUGGGCCUAAUCACAGUAUCAUGGGAGUUGGAUUGGAUACCUUGGAAGAACAAAAAGAAAAAGAGAUCUUCUUUGCCAAACUUGAACAAGAAGCUUCCUCUACUAUUGAUUAUUCAAGAUUAAAUAAAGAGCUGGAUUCCAGUGAUUCUGUCAUACUAGCACCAUUUGUACGAAAUGAACAAACUGGAAAAGGAGCAGAGGAGCCCGCACAUGAAGAGAAAUCUGGCAGCUACAGUGAAGACUUUGAAGAAGAAACAGAUGCUAAUCCUGCCUUUAAAACUGAAGGAAGCCAGAUGAAUGAGAACAUCAUGUCAGGAUUUGAUUUAAGUCCCCAAGAACAGAAAGAAGCAAAUGCUGGCAUGCUGGCUAAAGUUGUAUUACUUGAUUCACAAGAUUCAACUACAGAAGUUCAAAAGGCUGUUGGAACAUCAGGCGUAGCUCUAGUUGAACAUCAUCUGCCUGAAGAAGUCAAUAGAAUUGAAAUGAAUGAAGCAGGCACUUCCUAUGGACAAACCACCAGUGACAUCGAAGCAUUACACCAAGCAUACCAACAUAUUGAUCAGUCUUUGGGUGACACUGAUGAGCAAAAACUGCACGAUUCUGCAAUGGCAAUCUCAGAAUGCUUAGUGCAAGGUGUUUCACAAAAUAGUGACAUCUGUUCAAAAAACAUGUCAACUAUUGAAUCAGAUUUACCUACUGUCGAAGAAUUGAUGAAACCAAUUAAAGGACAUUCAUGUAAUGUCAGAGGGUUUGAUGUGGAGCCUGAAAGUCCUGUGAAACUGUUAAGCAGCGCAGCAAAUGACCUUGUCAGCCACUCGCCCUUUGAAGAGCACCAGGAUAAUACAGUUUGGGAGACAAACUUACUUGAAAACAGAGAAGAGGGCAUCUUUCUGCAGACAGGUGUGAAUGGUGAUAACUUUCAGAGGGUGGCUGAGAAAGAAAUUCAGACCAGUGAAGUACGGCCUGAUGUACUAAGAGAAAAAAUAGUACGAGACUUUUUGCUUUCAGAAGGCAGCAAAACUAAACAAGCUCUUCAGUCUGGUUCCUUGAAGAAUGAAAGAUCAGAGUCAAUGACUACUAAACCAAUGUUACACAAGAAUAUCAGAAGUCCAGCACCUUUACAUAAAAAGAAAUCUUCAUAUGGUCCACAUGGAGUGGUUAGAAGUUCUGGGUAUGGGAGACUCACUUCAGUCUCAAAACAGUCUUCUCCAGUUAAUGAAAAGAAAUCACCAAAAGAAACUUUCAAAAAGACGAGCAUGAAAGCCAAAAGUCCUGCAGACAGAGCAAGAUCUAAAGUAGCCUUAUUUGCUACUAGGAUAAUAAGAUCUGCAACAAAUGAACCAACUUUGGAGGGAAGUGUUAACAGAGUUACAUCUGGCCACUCAGUUGUUAACAAUCUUGGACACCAGGCUGUGGACUAUGGCAGACAAUAUCAGCAUGAUUUGUCAUUGUCUCCUAUCAGAAGUUGUGAUAGAGAACUGUAUUUGCUGAAACGAGUACAAGUUGCAGAGGAGGACCUGAAUGCAGCUCGUGAUUUGAUUCAACAGCUGACAAGCACAGUUUCACAAAAAGAGAAAGAAAUAGAGACAAAGAUGGGAGAAUUGAAAACACAGCAUGAAAAAGAGCUUUCUCGGCUGGGUCAGGAAAACUAUGUUCUUCAGAGUAAGUUAAGAAGUAUGGAAGAACUGACUCAAGAGAAGAGAUGGACCCAUCAUACAGCAAUAGCUCCUGUCACCGAAGAAAAACUGGCACAAAUACAAAAAGAAAUUGAAGAUCAAGAAGUCAUUAUUCAAGGUUAUCAACAGGAAAAUGAGAGGUUGUACAAACAAAUGAAAGAGCUACAAAUCCAAAACAAAAAAAAUGAGGAACGGAUGUUUAAGGAAAAUCAGUGUUUAAUGUCUGAAUUAGUAGCCCUAAGAGAAAAGAUAGAGAAGAUUAAUACCCAAUCACAAAUCGUGCAGGAUUCUGAACCAGCCAGAAAUCAGAGUUUCACAGAAUUGAUUUCAGAGCUUCGAGCAGCACAGAAGGAAGAAACUAAAUUACAAGAAGAGAUAAGACUUCUCAAACAAGAUAAGCAAGCUCUUGAGGUAGACUUGGGACAAGCAAAGAAGGAGAGAGAUCUAGCAAAAGUCCAGAUUGCAUCUACAUUAGGUGAGAAGUCUUAUGAAUUUAAAGUUAUGGAAGAAUCGUACAAACAGGAGAUUACUCAUUUAAAAAGAAGACUUCAGUGGUAUGCAGAAAACCAAGACCUUCUAGAUAAAGAUGCAGCUCGUCUUAAAGAUGCAAGAGAAGAAAUUGAGAGACUAAAACUAGAGGUUGAGAAGCUCAGAGCUGAAGCUGGAGAUCAGUGUGUGCAACAGAAGAAACGUUUGCGAGACAGAGCAGCAGACACUAAAAGAAUUCAGGAUCUUGAGCGACAAAUCAGAGAAAUGGAAGGAAUUCUAAAAAGAAGGUAUCCAAAUUCUUUGCCUGCUUUGAUUUAUGCUGCUGCUGCUGCUGAGAAAACUACUGAUCUUUCAGCUAAAACAAACACGGUUGAUUUUUUGGAGAGAAGAAUAAAAAAGUUAGAAACAGAACUUGAAGGUAAAGAUGAUGAAGCUAAAAAAAGUCUCCGUGCCAUGGAACAACAAUUUCAAAAAAUAAAGAUACAAUAUGAGCAAAGACUUGUAGAGCUUGAGCAACUACUUGCCUACAAAUUUAUGAGUGAAUCACCAAAACUGAAUGGUGAUAAAGCCAGUUCUACAGAACUUGAACAGGAGCUUCUGAAUCUAAAGACGACCCAUCAGAUCACCGUUAAAAACCUCCAGGCAGAAAUUGAAAACCUUAAAAGUCAAAAUUCCCAAUUACAACUCAGAAGUAAGAAGGAUUGUAAAGACUUAGAGUCUACCGGCUCACAAAUGAAACAAGGUAACACAAAAGACAGACUGCUAAAACUAAAUGAAGAACUGGUCGCCAAAAAUAGAGAAAUAGAAGACCUUACAAAAACUGUGGAGACUCUUCAAAAAGAAAGGAUGGUGAUGUUGUCGGAUAAUAAUUUAAGAAAUAAAACCAAUAAUAAGGGAAACUCUGCAGACAUCUUGAAAAAGAAUACCUCAGUAACAGAUAAAAGGAUUUCCAGCAACAGUGAACCCUUCCUAAGCAUUUUCAACGAUGACAAAAUAUACCAACCACACACCUUUUCUGAUCCUAAUCUCUCAGAAGUUCUGCAAGAAAAUGCACAGCUGAAAGAGGAGCUAGAAAGAUUAUCACUAGAAAUGAACCAGCAGAGGGUGAAGUCUCAGGCAACACUGGCUUAUUCUGAAAAUAACAUACGAAGGAUACAGGAAGACACAGCAGAAUACAUUGCAUCUCUGAAAGCUUCCCAUCAGAGGGAACUGGAGAAGAUGAUUUGCCAGCAUGCAAAGGAGCAUUCUACUUCUAAAGUAGCUGAACUAAACAGCAGAAUUUCAACACAAGAGAUACUAAUAAAACAUCUCCAAGAACAAAUCGGCGAACAGCAGAGACAUCAGGAAGCCCUUUUAGUUUCACAGAUGCGAGAGGAACUCCUACAAAAAGAGGUGACAAAAUUGUUGGAAGAGCUGAGAGAAGCUAAGGAGAACCAGAGUCCUGAAAUGAAACAUUUUUUGUGCCUGGAAAAGAAAAUCAAGCAUAUAGAGACCAGACAUGCAGAAAGAGAGCAAGAAAUUCAAAAGGCGGCCCGACUAACGCACCAUAUUACUGAAGCAAGGCAAAGCCAGGAGGUGGAGAAGUGGCGAAGACUGGCACAGCGGAAGAAUCAAGAACUGGAGAAAUUUCGAGUGGAAUUGGAUUCAAUAUUAGAUGUUUUACGUGAACUGCAGAAACAAGGAGUUGUUAUUCCUGCACCUAAUUCCAGUGCAUUCAGCAUGACAGACAGCUGUUGGAAGACAUGAUUAGAUAGGAGUUGAUUAAAGCAGAAAUUUGAAUAUUCAAAGUUAUGUAUAGAAAAUAUUACUGAAAAUCGUUAGUGUAACACUUGUAAGUUGAAGUACAUUCUGAUCUUAUCUGGAAUCUUGCCUGUCCAAAGGUAGAUUUGCAUUUAGCAACACCCCAGUCAUAGUGUGGUUUACAUUUUGUUAGUAAUAAAGUUACAUGCAAUUUUUAAAAAAUAUUAGGAAUAUUGAGGUUAUUCCAUAAAUUCAGUUACCAUUGAAAAGCUCCAUGAUGCAUUUUCAGAUACUGUAGAAUAUGCCUGAAUAUUUUUAACUUGUCGUUCUAACUUGUCUUACAAUUACUCCUUUGUGAACAAUUUGAGUAAUAUGCUGCUUGGCUUGUAUUUUUAAGUGUAUAGAGUUACUAUUUUUCAUUUGACAGGGCAUGAAAAUCUUCUUUUUCCAACACUUUGCUGCUCUUCCUCCAAUUCAUAAAACAUUUCUUCCCUUA